UCUCUUGCAACAAAACUUGCUACUCCUCACCAUUCUUUAUCACAUACUCAAAAACAAAAAUGGAACAAGUUGAAAUGGUACAGAACAAGAAAGUGAUAUUGAAGAAGUAUGUAGAUGGUAUUCCUAAAGAAGAAGACAUGGAAGUGAAGCUUGGGGAGACGAUUGAGCUUAAAGCACCAAAAGGGUCUUCUUGUUUCCUCGUUCAAAAUCUCUACUUGUCAUGUGAUCCUUACAUGAGAGGUCGUAUGCGUGACUUCCACGGUUCCUACUUGCCGCCUUUUGUUCCCGCUCAACUUAUCCAAGGGUUUGGUUUAGCAAGAGUGAUAGAGUCUGAUGAUGUUAAUGUUGGAGUAAGCUUAAAAUGGUAACUAGUCCUAGUUCUA